AUGCGCCUCGCUCACCUCCAUAUUCCCAAUCUCAUUCCAUUCACGCACGCCUCGCGCCUUCAACAAACCCUCGUAUCCCGUCUCCUAACCUACAAGAAGCUCUCCGACCUCUCCGACUCCCAGCCUACCCUCGCCCCUCCCGAUCCAACCAUCCUCACAUUCACACCGUACCCAGUCUACACCACUGGCCGACGCGACCUCCCUCCUCCGUCAGAUACUUCCAUUUCUCACACAACUACCAAACCUCCCUGGCUGCCCGCUCCUCUCGAGCCAAUCCGCCCGAUCCUCACCGCCUCCCCACCGCUCGCGGAAUACCAUGCCACAUUACGAGGUGGCCAGACCACCUACCAUGGCCCAGGACAAUUAGUCGCAUAUACAAUUCUAGACUUACGUCGUCUACGAAUCGGACCGAGAGCGCAUAUUAGGCUACUUGAAGAGACAGUGCUAGACGUUCUAGCCAGCCAUGGCGUGCAAGGGAUACUGAGUGAUGACCCGGGGGUAUGGGUAGCUCCGUCAAGCACGAAAGCGGCGAAUUGGAUAGAAAACAAUGCAUUCGCUGCAAGGAAGAUUGCGGCGGUGGGCGUACACUUACGGAGGUUUGUGAGUAGUUACGGUGUCGGACUGAACAUCACUGAAGAGCCAAUGUGGUAUUUUCGCCAGAUUGUAGCAUGCGGGCUGGAAGGGAGGGAUGCGACAAGCCUCGAAGGCCAAGGUGUUCAAGUAAAAGGUGGAAUAGAGGAGGUUGCAAAGCGUUUCGUACAAGCAUUCGUUGGACGGCUAAACGAAGGCACAGCCAGCGGGGGAGUAGGCCCCAAAAUAGACGAAAUAUUUGAAAUAGAAGAAAAAGAUGUGCUUAGUUGA